GAUAUUUAUCAGCAGCUGAUAUAUAGCUCAACUGGGAAGACUUACACACACAGCUGUCGCUCGCUCGCUCAGCCUUCCACACAAUGCCCGCAGCUGGGACUGCGCCUGCUGAUGCCAUGCAAAUAGAAGAAAACUCAGGGAGCCAGGAAGGGAACGAGGAGGUUCAGCAAGAGCAAAAUACCGGGUCGCCGAGCAACCUUGGGACGGAGACCGUGCUUCAACGAAGCGCCCUGCCCCGGAUGGCUCUUCUACAAGAGGCAUUCGAGAAGGCGCUGGAGUAUGGGCUAAAGGACCCCUCGCGUCGGGAGUUCGGGGACUUUUACCCGGAGCUGGAUGACACGCUGGUAGAUGCUCUGUACGAUACUUACCAGCAAACGCUGGUUCUGGUUCGCUCGCACUGCCAGGAGGAGUUUAAGGAGGUGUGCAAGGAGCAGGGCGUGGAGGAGCAGCUGCGCCAGCUGGAAGAGGCGGAGGCGGCGCAGGCCUCGACAUCCGGCGCAGUUGGUACCCCCUUCAAGUUGCGCGACACGGCGGAGGGCGUGUCGGUUGAGGUGGUGGCGCGGGCGGAGGCGGCGGCUCGGCUGCAUGCCCUCAAGCAGGAGGCGGCCUAUCUACAAGAUCUGCUGGAGCGGGCUCGCACGACUGAGGCGCGGCUGACUGAGGCGCUGGCCAUGCGGCAAGGCAGCGUGGACAAGAUGGCGGCCACCUACAACCGCGUCGUGUCAGACGUAAAGCAGGUGUACGACAUCACGAGGGUGUGGCCUUCCGCGCCCCACCUGGGCGGCACAACGGCGUGAGGCGUGUGCCGGUGCGAUGGGCCGUGCGUGCCGGCCAUUACGUCGGUAUGUUCAAGGCCACAUGUGGGGUGCGGGUGUUGAGUACGUUGGGGGGUUCAGCACACAUGAUGCACACCGUACAACAGGAAGUGCGAGGAGGAAUGUCAACCAUCAGAAAAGGGCCGGACGCGGUACCUGCAUCCUUUGAGGCCAGCUUAGGAUUGUCAAGAUACCAGAGACUGCUGGUCAUUGCAGCGAGCACGGCGUUGCCGCUGAGUGAGAGGGCAUGCGGACGUUCAGGGUGGGCACGUGGGUGUGUUUGCUAAUAGAGGCGGCUGAACGGAUUCUGAACUGCCGAGUGGUGCCAUACCAAACAGCCUCGAACGAUAGGGUCUGGGAGGUGCUACCGGCGCUUCAAAGUUGGGGCGGUGUUUGGACUCAGCCGCCUAGACGGGGAGUGGCACCCGAGUGCCUUCUCUCGCCUCUGGCCGCUAGCUAGGGCACAACAUUACCGCAGAGCGAAAUGCCUGUAUGUUUGCAUCAGCCCGCGCGCCACACACGCAGCACGUCCUAACGAUACGAGGUCGGGGGGAAAAGCACGGCGGGCCAGGAGUGCGCGAGUCGAGCGCGCCCUAAGGUCGAGCGCCUCGCGGUUAAGUAGGGCGAUGUGCUGGCGGUUGCGACCGACCGUAACGUAGCCAUCCAUCUGCAAAGACUGUGCAGAUUGGUAGGGGUGCCAAAUCCUAAGCGUCCACACUUUAGGGAAUUGCGACAAACUUCCACCCACAC